AUGGCUCGUGUUGGACCGUCUACGCAUGCGACCAGUAUCACCACCUUCGACCAGAGACUCACUGAUGCCGACGCCACGGCCCUGGCCCAGUUCCUACGCGACCACAACCUCACCUCCGAAUCCCUCCCGUUCUGGAUAGUCAAUACACCCCGGUCGCAAUGGACAGCCGAGUGCCCUGAGUUUCUACGCGGCCAGUCUCCAAAGAAUAUCCAAUGUCUCUCAACUCCCGAUGACCACUAUACCCGGCAAGACUGGGCGCAGGUGAAAGGGAUCAUCAAGACCAACCGCCUCGACUUAUUCCAGCGUGUUCCCAGUGAGCUGCGCAAGUACCUGGAGUUCACAGCGAAAAUCAAGGCGGAGUAUUCAUCGGUUAUGCGCUUCGUGGUCAAAGAACGGUUACGUUGGGGCGAUGGCAAUCAAUCUGACCUGCAGCCUCGCGGUCAACCCUUUGAAUUCGACGAGGACAUCCGCAUCCUAUACAACGACUGGCCAUACGGAGUGGACAAAGACAUCAUCCAUCUAGUAGUAUGGACGAAAUUCGCAUUAGAAGAUGACCCAGUCACGGAUGAUGUCACGGCAAACACGCGGGCAGCCAUAGACAGCUACGUCCAACGCACGUUCUGGCGGGUGCCUGACGGACAGAUGAUCUGGUUCAGGAAUUGGAAGUCACUCAAGUCAGUUCAUGCUAUUGAACAUUUCCAUGUCAUGCUCCAUCGGCCGGAUAUGGAGUUUGUGAGGGAGAUCACCCGUGGAGAUGUGCCGCUGAUCGAGCGGGUGUGA